AUGUCAGAAACCAACUCACAGAAGCACUUCGUUCUAGUCCAUGGCGCAGGCCAUGGAGCUUGGUGUUGGUACAAAAUCAAGCCAAGGCUCGAGUAUGCCGGUCACAAGGUCACGGCCCUGGACAAUGCCGGUUCAGGCAUCGACACCAAGUCCAUAGAAGAUUUUCAUUCACUAGAAGAGUACUCUGAGCCUCUGCUUCAGUUGAUUGGAUCACUUGCUCCACAAGAAAAGGUGAUCCUUGUAGGUCACAGCCUUGGGGGCAUGAACUUGUCUGUUGCCAUGGAGAAGUUCCCUGAGAAAAUUUCUGCUGCUGUUUUCUUGACUGCUUUUUUGCCAGAUACCACACACCACCCUUCGUAUGUUGUGGAUCAGCUUUUGCAAACAAUACCAUCAGACGGUUGGUUGGACUCUCAGUUUGAACAGUUUGGAGAAGAACCCUUAACUUCAUUCUAUUUCGGUCCCAAGUUCUUGUCAACAAAGCUCUAUCAACUUAGCCCUAUUGAGGAUUUCGAACUGGCCAAGACUCUAGUGAGGAAGAGUAGCUUCUUUCGUGAACAAGUGUGUAAGAUGAAGAACUUCUCAGAUAAGGGAUAUGGAUCGGUUAAAAAAGCUUUUAUAGUUUGUGAAAAGGAUUUGAUAAUAACGAAGGAAUUUCAGCAUUGGAUGAUACAAAACAGCGCGAUUAAAGAUGUGGUGGAGAUCAAAGGAGCUGAUCAUAUGGCAAUGUUUUCAAAGCCAGAAGAACUUUCCUAUUCUCUUCUGGAGAUAGCACAGAAGUACACUUAAAUGCCAGUGAGCUACAAUUAUGCUAAUUGCUAGAACAAUAAAUUGCUCACUGCUGGUGUAACACACUGCACCCUAGAAAGUUUUAAUUUGGUCUUUCGUUUUUAAAAUAU